AUGCGUAUGACAGCAGCACAAGCAGAUAGCCACAAAGCGUCCUCAUCAAAAGGAAUGUUCGCUUGGAUGUUACCCAUCUAUACAGUUGGAGUGGUUAUUUUUCUCGUUUAUACACUUAUAAAAGUAAGUCUUGCAAAAGCUUAUGAUACAUCUUUAAGAACAAUUUCAUUCACCUUCGAUUCAUCAACUAACUUACGCGUCUACUCAUCUGAAGAAAGCGAUUCAUAUGAAGAGGACAAUGAAGAUGAACGACGUGCUGCAGCUGGUUCUUUUCAUCAUAUUGGUGAGCGAUUUUCUUAUUAUUAUGGUGUUACUGUUAUUACUAAUAUUGAUGUUAUUAUUAUUGUUAUUAUUAUUACUAUUAACAUUACUGGUUCAAUUACUAUUCAUGCUACAACUUGA